GCAGCCGCCGCCGGGCCGGUGCCGCCUCCCGGUCCGCCCCGAUGGUGCUGUCGGCGGCGCGGCGCGAUGAGCCGCCCGUCUUCCGCCGGCCCCGGCGCUAGCAAGCCCUGCGGCAAACAGCCGCACGCCGCCUCCCCGGCCGUGCCCGCCGCCGUCCUGCCGGGCCCCGGCGGGGCGUCCCCGCCUCCCCCGCCGCCGCCGCCGCCGCAGCAGCAGCACCACGAACUGACCUCGCUGUUCGAGUGCCCCGUGUGCUUCGACUAUGUGCUGCCGCCCAUCCUGCAGUGCCAGGCCGGGCACCUGGUCUGCAAACAUUGCCGGCAGAAGCUGAGCCUGUGCCCGACCUGCCGGGGCUCCCUCACCCCCAGCAUCCGCAACCUGGCCAUGGAGAAGGUGGCCUCGGGCGUGCUCUUCCCCUGCAAGUACGCCAUGACGGGCUGCUCGCUGACGCUCCACCACACGGAAAAGCCAGGGCACGAAAACAUCUGCAAGUACCGUCCCUACUCCUGCCCCUGCCCGGGCGCCUCCUGUAAGUGGCAGGGGUCCCUGGAGGCCGUGAUGCCCCACCUGAUGCAUGCCCACAAGAGCAUCACCACGCUGCAGGGAGAGGACAUCGUCUUUCUGGCCACAGACAUUAACCUCCCGGGCGCGGUGGACUGGGUGAUGAUGCAGUCGUGCUUUGGUCACCACUUCAUGCUGGUGCUGGAGAAACAGGAGAAGUACGAAGGUCUCCGGCAGUUUUUUGCCGUCGUGCUGCUCAUUGGCACCCGCAAGCAAGCGGAGAACUUUGUGUACAGGCUGGAGCUGAACGGCAACCGGCGCCGGCUGACGUGGGAGGCCACGCCGCGCUCCAUCCACGACGGCGUGAACGCGGCCAUUCGCAACAGCGACUGCCUCAUCUUCGACACGGCCAUCGCGCACCUCUUCGCUGACAACGGGAACCUCGGCAUUAACGUGACUAUUUCUACGUGCUGUCCGUGAUGCGUCUGCAUAGCUUGCGAGGCCUAGGCUGUCUGGACAUAGCGCUUUACACUCACCAAGGGUCUUCUUUUUGUUCUGUUUCUUUGUUUUUUAACGAUAUUCAACUAUGUCAUCAUGCAUGCUAAGGUUCCUAACUGGCCAGCAUCUCUGACUUUGGAGAGAAGAGGAACGAGAGUGCCCUGUCAGUAGUACGAGUGGGAAAAGGUCUUUUUAAAUUCUCGGGUGCCUUAGAAAGAUUCCACACACUCAGUCACCUUUUUUAAUUUAAUUCUAUUUUAUUUAAAGAGUGCUUCCAUUAGACAUGUGGCUUAAGAGACUUGAACGACUGCAUUCCCGUUUGGACCGCACCUAAAAGCCCUUUGCAGCAGGGACACAGCCUGGCUCGCUUUGCUGAGCUUUAGUAACAGUUUAGUGGGCAGGAGAGGAAAGAAAGCCAAGCAGCCUCCCACAAGAGGAGUUGUGGCUCAUAGGCAAACAAUAGGUAUUUCAUUGUUAAUACUCCAUUUCCUGCUACCUUAUUAAAAAGGGAUGGGCAUUGAAUCACUUUGCUGUGUAUUUAAAGUAAGAAAGGCAGGAGGGGCCGGGGCGCUGGGAUCGCCGGCUCCUGUGCGCUCUGGGGCCGGUGAGCCCGGCACACGGCACAACCACCGGCCGCGGGUGCGGGUGAGAGCAGGAGGCACACAAACACACAUCCGACUAUCCCAAACAGCCAGAGCCCAUCGCAGAAACAGCCUCCAGCUGUCUGUGCGCAGCUUCCCCUGGAGACAUACUUGACUAUUGUAAGAGACUAAUAAUAUAGCAAGAGCUUUAUGGCCAAUGUCGUGUCAUUUGCUAUUUAAGUUUUGUUGCCAUAUUUACUUUUAUUUUGUAAUAAAUAUUUUGCAAAAACUA